CUGUAAGCAGGUGGACGAAGAAAAGAACAAAGAAGAAAUCAAAUUAUUCACCAUUAAUAUAGCUAUUACCUCCUAAAUUCCCUCCUUACUUCCAUUUCUCCCUACUUUCCCCUUGUAUCUGGGAAAUCUCCAGCAAAAUAGUUGCAAAUCAUUACAAGGCUUAUCACUUAUCAGCCAUUGGUUGCAUAGACUUGGGGUAAUUUCCUUCUGACGUUUGAUUGAUUAUCAUCAAGGAUUGCGAAAACGACUGGAUUGUUGACAAGAUUAGAGAGAUACACAAAGGCACAUUAAAACAAGGAUAAGAAACUAUGGUACCUGCCUCACCCUAUAUUUUUCCUCAGAGUAAAUAAUGCCCCUUCGACCCCUACGCCUUCCUAGGCGAUCCACACCUAAGUUUGUCUUCAUCAUACUCAUCCUUCUUGUACCCACUUGUCUAUUUGGACUUUUCAACCAUCACCAGAAGAUCACCUAUUUUUUCCGCCCUAUUUGGGACAAGCCCCCUCCACCGUUCUUCCGUCUCCCUCACUACUAUGCAGAAAAUGUUUCUAUGGAUCAUUUAUGUAGUCUCCACGGAUGGUCGGUUCGCUCCAAACCUCGGCGCGUCUUUGAUGCUAUUAUUUUCAGCAACGAGCUAGACUUGGUCGAGAUAAGGUGGAAUGAGCUCAAACCCUAUGUAACUAAGUUUGUAAUCAUAGAAUCCAACACUACCUUCACCGGCAUCCCUAAGCCUCUUCAUUUUGCUUCAAACCGUGAUCGUUUUGCCUUUGCCGAGAGUCAGUUAGCCUAUGGAUUCUUUCCCGGGCGAGUUAGACACCCUGGGUCCCACGAAGACCCCUUUGAUCUCGAGAGCGAACAUCGGGUGGCAAUGAAUCUCUUAAUUAGACAGGCAGGGAUUUCAAAUGGUGACCGCCUCAUUAUGUCAGAUGCAGAUGAAAUUCCUAGCCCUCACACCAUAAAACUCCUUCAGUGGUGCAAUGGGGUCCCGCCUAUAUUACACCUCGAGCUAAAGCAUUACAUGUACUCGUUUGAGUUUCCAGUGGACUACAGCAGUUGGCGGGCCUCAGCCCACAUCUACAGCCCAUCAACACGGUAUAGGCAUUCCCGGGUUUCAAACCUUAUUCUUUCAGAUGCUGGUUGGCAUUGUAGCUUCUGCUUUAAGUACCUUCAGGAUUUUGUGUUCAAGAUGACAGCUUAUAGCCAUGCUGAUCGCGUUAGGAGGAGAGAGUUUUUAGAUCAUAGAAGAAUUCAGGGACUCAUUUGUAAAGGAGAUGACCUCUUCGACAUGCUUCCUGAAGAAUAUAGCUUUAGGGAAUUAAUUAAGAAGAUGGGAUCGAUUCCUCGUUCUUCUUCUGCUGUUCACCUUCCUGCUUAUCUCAUAGAAAACACAGAGAAAUACAAGUUCCUGCUUCCUGGCGGUUGUGCAAGAGAUCCUAGUUAAAGAUUGAUGAUACUUGUGCUAGCUCCGAAAUAUUCUUGGGUAAUACCGAAGGAUUAAAGCUUUUCUAGGAGUAGUGAGCAUUAGCAAUAGAGAAAACAUAGAUUACCAAAUACCAACAAGAGUUGUAUAUGGUAAUAAGCAAGGAUGUACUGAGGCCGUUUGGUUUCAGCACAACUAAUUUCAGGUUGUUGGUGUUACUACACAUACCAACUGAUUUUGAUUGGUUUGGAAGUACGAAGAUAUUUCUUGUCCUGUUGAGGGUAGAGGUAGCCUCUUCUUUUUUUUUCCACGUUCUAAGUUCUCCUAUCUGGUUGGUGUAUAUUAACAUUUUGUAGAUCCUUAAGUUGUAUUUCUCUUUUUUUUUUUUUGAGAGAGUUGUAUUUUUUGUUAUUGAGAAAAGAUUAUACUUCCCAACAGUUUUCAGACAUUGCCCUGAAUUGAUGAACAGAACAGGUGAUUGGUACAUUGAGCUUUCUGUUGUUUGAAAAUCUAUAUGUUGGUUUAAAGAUGGUUGGGAAUGAAUGAAAUCGAGUUGGAAGCAGUGUAAAGGUGAAGGAACUCAGAAAAAAACUACAACUGGAAGACGCCCGUGAGCGAGCUAGUAAAACUCGCUUGCUAGUACAGGGUCCUGUGCAAAUUUCUGCUUGCUUGUGCGGGCUGCUGAGUUAGACACUGUGCACACCAUGCAACAUUUCGCUUGCCCAUGAUAAACCUGGCUAGCUUGCUUGACCUGCAGUUUCGAUGAACGCGGGUUUCUGUGGCCAACUUAAGCUCCUGUUAGGCUGUUAUUGCUCUAAUAUAAUUACUUUGUUAUGACUUAUGAUGCCCUAAAGCAUAUUCCCAUAGUAAGAAAGAGGAAAAGUUCAAAAGAGAUCUUUGGGAGCUUAUGUACAUCAUCACUUAAUAUGUUUGAUUCCUAGUGUGGAGUUGUGGACUGUAGGUUGGUAAAUUUUCUCAUGGUGCUUUGUUUUUCUUGAUUUCUUUGGUUGUUCUGUAUUUACUUGCUAGAGUAGUACACCCAAUAGAAAUUACACUAUUGGUGAUUGUAAACAUGUUACCUGUAAUAUUGGUGCAUAAUGCAUACCUUAGUGCUGAAAUUCAAGUCAUUUGUCCUUAUGAUUCAA